AUGUCCGGUGCUGUGAUCACUUCGCCGUCACCCGCAAAGGUGGGUGUUUAUCUGAAGACUUUUGAUGCUGGCCUUCGUCUUCCUUUAACCAACUUUCAAGAGGAAUUGAUCCGUCACAACGGCUGCAACAUUCAGAUGUUGACCCAUAGCGUUGUUCAUAAGCCACUAAUGAUAAAUACACAUUUUCUGCUCGUCGCGGAGGCCACAACCUUGUGCUUGACAGCAAACCGCAGAGAAACUGGAAAGAUAAAUGGUUGUGGGUUAACCGGGAAUUGGUUGGCCAAGAGUACCACCAGGCGAAUGCUUUGUUGGAUGUUACUCCCAAGUUAUUUUCCCACAACCAGGUGA